AUGUCAAAGCCUACGCUGGUCUUCGUCCACGGAGGAUGGCAUGAUCCAUCAUGCUUGGACCUGGUUCGAACACCCCUCGAAAUCGCUGGCUACAAAUGCCACGUUCCCGACCUGCCUUCCAUUGGCAAGCAAGCCGCCAUCAAGACAGCCGAUGACGAUAUCCAAAUAGUUCACGACCUUGUUGCAGACAGCCUCUCGAACGGCGAGGACGUCAUCGUCUUUGGACACAGUAACGGUGGGCUCAAAGCAAAUGGAGCCUUGGAAGGGUUGGUUGGUGACGACGCAAAGAAUCAUAAGGGGAAGGUCCUGGGUCUUGGAUUGAUUGCGGCCAUGAUCCCUCCGAUUGUUGAGAAGGGGGCCAUUGAUGUCCUGUCACGAACAAGAGAUUGGCAACUACUUCUCGAAACCGAGCCAACGUUUCUACCCGAUGACCCUACCAAGUUGUUCUACAACGACUUGCCGGCCGAGGAUGCUGCCUACUGGACUGCUCGAAUACAACCGAUGGCAGUUCCAAGAGGACCGCUAGUGUUCUAUGAAGCGUGGCGGCAUGUACCGAUGUCGUAUUUAGCCUGCACCGAAGACCAAGGGAUGCCGUUCGCGCAACAGGAAGCCAUGACCAAGGCUGCCCGAGCGGAGGGCGGGACGGUACAUGUCACUCAAGUGAAGAGCGGCCAUAGCCCGUUCUUGAGUGUGCCUGAUAAGAUGGUUGAGUGGGUUCAGAAGGUUGCGGAAGUGGAGCUUAAGGCAUGA